AUGGCCGGAGAUGAUGGCCAUGUGAAAGGCAAUUUCUUUGAGCUGGGGCCAGUCGCGUUGACGGCCAAGCCGUCGCUGGUGCGCCGCCCGGCCAACGAGACCUGGGCUUCGUACGUGCCGGUUCUCUUCGUGGACUCGCCCUUGGGCACCGGUUGGUCCUGGGCCAACCCGGGGAGCUUUGCCGUGAGCCAGGUGCAGGUUGCUGAGGACCUCGUCUUUUUUCUCCAGCAGGUGGCAGGGCGUCUGCCGGUGGUUCACCGUCGCCUGGUGCUGGCGGGAGAGUCCUAUGGCGGACACUUCGUGCCAGCAUUAGGGCAGAUGCUGCUCACCUCAAAAUGCCCCUUUCAGUUGGAGGCCAUUGCUGUGGGCGACGGGCUGACGGACCCGGCGACGCAGGUGCUGACGAAGCCAGGCGAGGCCUUCGCCUUCGGCCUGCUGGAUGAGGCCCAGCUUGCGAAGGCACAGGAGCUGGCCACGGCCGCGCACGAUGCGGCACAGGCGAAGCUCUGGGGCAAGGCCGUGGACCUACGUCAGGCCAUGGAAGACUUCGUGAAAAACGUCUCGGCAAUCAAUCCGUACGAUGUACGGACGACCGAGCAAUACGACUGGAUGGAGCUGCGUAUGCACGAGUUCUUCGACAUGAAUGAGACAAAGGAUCUGCUCCACAUUCCCCGUGGCCGUCGCUUUGGGACGACCUCCGCCGAGGUGAAGUUGAACCUGCGGGAGGACAUCAUGCAGUCCCAGAAGCCAGCGGUGGAGGACUUGCUCAAGGCAGGGAUACGGGUGCUCCUCUACCAGGGGCAGUUCGAUUGGAAGGACGGCGUGGUGUCGAACGCGGCGUGGAUCCGAAGUCUCAACUGGACAGGCACGGCCUCUUUCCUCCAGGCCAACCGCACAAUCUGGCGCCGCGCUGCCGAUGGCCAGAUUGCCGGCUACUGGCGCGGUUUUCAGAAUUUGGAGCAGGUCGUCGUUCUGGGAGCAGGACACCUUGUGCCCAUGAAUCAGCCUCUGUCCGCAGUUGACAUGCUCCUGCGCUUCCUGCACUAUCCCAGGCCUGGCCCUCGCAAAGUUCAGGACACUGAAGCCAUCCAGAUCUGA